AUGUCCUCUGAACAGACGACAACAUCUUCGGAUGCAGCCCCAGCUUUUCAAAUCAAUCAAAAGAAAUUGAAAGAACUUGCUGAAAGUGCCAAUGCGAUCAAAAUCGGUGGCAAGGGCACAGCUCGCCGAAAGAAGAAAAUCAUUCAUCGAUCAGCCAAUGCAGGUGACAAAAAUCUUCAAAGUUCAUUGAAAAAACUCGCUGCGAACAAUAUUCCGAACAUUGAAGAGGUCAACAUGUUUAAAGAUAAUGGUGAAGUAAUUCAUUUUUCAAAUCCAAAGGUGCAAGCCUCACUCGGCUCAAAUACAUAUGCUAUCUCCGGUCCAUCGGAUACAAAAUCACUACAAGAUAUGUUACCAACCAUCAUGUCACAAAUGGGCAUGUCCACGGUUGAUCCUGGUCUAGCCAGUGAAUUUAGCCGACGUAAAGGUGGCGAAAACGAAACAGGGGAUGGUCAAGCAGGAACAACAAACGAACAAGAAGGUGAUGACGAAGUACCAAAUCUUGUCGAAAACUUCGAUGAUGUAUCAAAUAGCAAAUAA